CAGAGAAAAGUUUUUUUUACAGACUUACAGAAUUUUCACACGCGCAACGCUCCCAAAACACAAACGAAAAGCGUGCUAAAGUUGAGAAAAAUUCAAGAAAAUUGGCGAAAUUAUUGUAAAAUGUGCAGUGCGUGAAUGAAAAGUGGUAAAAAGUAGCUCCGGAAAAUGUUUGUGCUGGCAGCAGGCAUGCCUAAACCAGAUGAGAUGUGCAAGUGUGUGAUUGAGUGCAGCAAAUUGGGCUACAAUUAAAUUAGGCUCGUUCGUAUAUAUGUCGCGGCCCAGAUCGGUGCAGCCAGUACAGCAAUAUGGCGAGACCAUUUUGGGCCUGGCGUCGCCUCUGCCUGAGCCUUCUGUUUGUGUUCAUCAACUGUGGGCCUGCUGUCAAUGGCGAAAAAAUCAACUACAAUCUCGUGCACUCCUGGGCGGACAAGCUGGGCUUGGAGCUCUUUUCAUUGGGCGAUUUUAUCACCAGGCGCAAGGAGGUGCAAGAGAGCUUCAAAGAAGCCAAAGUGGUGACACGUCAGGGUGGCCUAAUUGUCGAAUCCAUGGCGAAAGAAAUCGAAAUGAUGAUGGAUCUCAAAGUCAGCGCCGUGCGUCGCAUUAUGGACACCGCUGAAAACACAGCUCUGUCGCAUCAAAAUGAUAUGGCCGACAAGAUGUUCUCGUACUACAAUGCCAAAGAGAUGGCGGAGCCGGGCGAACCGACACCACCACCUCCAACGACACCACCGGACAUGGAUGAUCAGAUCGGCGAGCCGCUGAUCUAUGUGCCGCCCAAGGUGUUGGUGCUGGAGCCGAGGCCAGAGUUCCAGAAUACGCCGGUCAAUUUCAGCGUCAGUUCCGUGCACGUGCCGGUGAAUGUGUUUGAUCGAGCAUCGGAUGUUAUAAAAGCGAUUCAAUGGUCGGAGAAUUUGGAUCAGAUAUUUCGUGAUAAUUAUAAAAACGAUCCAAGUUUGUCGUGGCAAUUUUUUGGCAGUUCGACAGGCUUUAUGCGUCAAUUCCCUGCAUCGAAAUGGAAGAAGGACGUACCGGUUGAUCUAUAUGAUUGCCGUUUACGCUCUUGGUACAUGGAGGCGGCGACAAGUCCAAAGGAUAUUAUUAUCCUAAUGGAUGGAUCUGGUUCAAUGUUGGGACAGAGGCUAGAUAUCGCAAAGCAUGUUGUCAAUACAAUACUCGAUACAUUAGGUACAAAUGACUUUGUGAACAUCUUCACCUUUGAUAAGGAAGUGAGCCCAGUUGUCGGAUGUUUCGAGGACACACUGAUUCAAGCAAAUCUGGGCAACAUACGUGAACUAAAAGAAGGGAUUGAAUCGUUUAAACCCAAAUCGAUUGCCAAUUAUACCGCUGCAUUGACAAAAGCCUUCGAGAUAUUGGAAGAGACGAAGAUUAAUUCGCGCGGCGCGCAGUGCAAUCAAGCGAUUAUGAUCAUUGGUGAUGGGGCACCCGAGACUAAUCAAGAGGUCUUCCAGUUGCACAAUUGGCGUGACCCGCCCUAUAGGCCGGUGCGUGUGUUCACCUAUCUGAUUGGCAAAGAGGUGGCGAAUUGGGAUGAUAUACGGUGGAUGGCAUGCGAGAAUCAGGGCUAUUAUGUGCAUCUCAGCGAUACAGCUGAGGUGCGCGAAAUGGUAUUAAACUAUAUACCAGUUAUGGCUAGACCUCUGGUAUUGGGUAGGCAUGAUCAUCCGGUCAUAUGGACGCAGGUCUAUGCGGACCUUGAGGAUACAAAACUCUCCGACUACCUGUGGGAGAUCAAACAGUGCGAGGAGCAAAAGGCCGAUGUCCUCGAAUACUGGCAAGUACACGAUCGCAUGCUGGAGCCCAACGAAAUGCACAGACGAGAGUAUCGACGCAUGAAGGAGACCUGGAACCAACCAGUAGACUCCAAUGUCUAUCAAUUUAUGACCACCGUUUCGAUGCCCAUCUAUGAUCGUCGCGAAAAUGCGAAUAUCACCGAAGAAGUUUUAAUAAAUGAAGCACUCUGGGAAUUGCAAACACGUGAGACAAGAAUUGCAAAUAUAUUGGGCGUGGCUGGCACAGAUGUGCCCAUCAAUGAAAUUAAAAAACUGCUAUCGCCGUUUAUGCUUGGCGUGAAUGGUUAUGCGUUUAUAGUAACCAACAAUGGUUAUGUACUAUUCCAUCCAGAUUUUCGUCCAAUUUUCCAAGGUUAUAUACUAAAGCCAGCUUACAAUAGCGUUGACAUGAUUGAAGUCGAGCUAUUGGAUGACGAUCGAGCCGCCAGAGACUUUAAUCCAGUGUUGAUGACGAUACGCGAUGCUAUAAUCAAUCAAUCGACUGGCAGCAAAUGGAUGUUAGUUAAGAAUCAUUUCGAUGAAAUGAAACGUGUGGCUCGCGUCAAGCGCCAGUAUUACUGGACCGCUAUUAAGAACACGCCAUUUACGCUUGUUAUUUCCUAUCCUGAGCGUUAUGGCGUGAGUCGCGUGGAGCCACGCACCGAACAAGAUAUUCAUCGCACCUAUAUAACGGGCAAAAAUAUACGCAGCUUCUUUGAUGGCAAACGCUGGAAAAUUCAUCCCGAUUGGCUCUUUUGCAAGCAAACCAACAAGACAUUCAGAACGCCCGAAACUGAACUUUUGUAUUUCGUGGACCGUAUGUCUGAGCCCGGUUGGCACUGGCCAUCGAGUCGAAGCGCGUUGCCCCCGGAGCAUGCGGCGGCCAUUUUUUCUAACAACUCAUCAACUGGCCGCUAUCCAUCAAUCAAUGAAAAAGAAAGCUACUAUUGCGAUCGCCAGCUAAUGCAGUCACUUGUCUUUGAUGCACGGGUCACCAAAUGGUUCUCCAACAACACCAGUUUCAAUGCGCGCGAAAAGGAUGAGAAGAGACACGAAUUCAAGCAGCGAUUUGGCAUCACCGUCGCCUUUUUGGCCACGCACAGUGGUCUAACACGCUGGCACGAGUUCCACUCGAAUAUGGCCGAGCAGCCGGGCGUGGGUGAGAGCUUCAGUCAGAAUAAUAAGCGCGCCAUCGAUGAGAUCUGGUACAAGCGCGCAGUGGAUCAAUAUUUUGUGCAAAAGGAGAGCUUUGUCUACUCCGUGCCCUUCGACGCUGGCGAGACUGGUUCGGAAAUUAUUGUUACUGCCAGUAACGCGAUCUUUCACAAUGAAAGCUCCAAAUCUGCGCCCGCUGCCGUCGUUGGAUUCCAAUUUCAACACUCGGCCUUCUACAAGCUCUUUCACAAUAUCACCGGAAAUGCCUGUGCUGUGGAUGAUAAGGACUGCUAUAUACUGGACAACAAUGGUUUUGUGAUCAUCUCUUCACGCGUGCACGAAACUGGCAGAUUUUUCGGUGAGGUCAAUGGCGCCAUCAUGAUGCGCCUGGUGGAGGAAAGAGUAUACAAGCGCGUCAUUGUAUAUGACUAUCAAGCCGUGUGUUUCGAGUCGAAAACAGAAGUUAACGCUUCCAAUACGCUGCUUUCUCCGCUGUUCCAUCUGCUGCGCGUGGGCAAAUGGCUGCUGCAUACGGCGCUGUGGUAUAUUGUACAACUGAUGCGACUGGCGCCCGGCGUAACGGCCCAUUACAAUGAUGUGUAUAUGGAUGUGAAUGGCACAGAACCGGAGCCGGAGCCAGAUGAUAACAGUCGGGCAAAGAAUACAGCCUGGCUGCGCUACCUGACGCUGCAUCGCACGCGGCUCAAGUCGUGCGACAUGCAGCGCGAGUUGUAUAUGCUGUACAAUGAGAAGGACAACGUUGUCUACAAUAUGACAGCGCAUGCAUGCGAGCGGCCAUUUGUGGUGCUGCCCAUACCGAACAGUAAUCUGAUACUGUUGGUCAUCGAUCAGCUGUGUCCGCGCGAUGUCGCCUACGUGCUGACCGUCAAUCCCAAGCCUAUACACUAUCCGCUGGCGCCCAACGAGACCUUCUCCUGCUACAAGCACGCACGCGAAUUCAAUCGAGUGCGUCCGCAGAGCUGCAUCAGUCGCCAUGCGAAUGAGAGUGCAAUCAAGUUGUGCGGCAAGGGCUGCGCCUUCUAUGCGAAUCUCACGCUGCUGCUGCUCAGCCACGUGCUGAGCCGCUUGCUUUAACGGCGGUCGCAAUACGUUUAGUCUAAUCGUAGGCAAUCUAUAUUGGUAAUGUUUUUUGUAUUCUAAGAUAGUUAAAACGGGAUAGGGGAACUAAAAUUUUUUUACUAUACUCAUAAACGCUUGAGCGCUGUUCAUUUUUUCCACAAUUUUUUCAACUUAGUUGUAAGGCAAAGGUAGCUACCAAAUUUGUUUUCAAUGCGUGUGUUAAGUUUUAUGUUAACUAUGAAAAUGUAACAGUGUGUGCUGCCUAUGAUGGACGAGUCGCUGCGCUUUAUUGUGGACCUUCCAAUAGACAAAACCAAAUAUGUAUGUAUAUGUAUUUAUUAUACUAAUUAACUACAAAUUCCAACAACGGCCUUAAACAACUCGCAAAUAUAAAACAACAAAUAUAUUUAACAAAAAUAAAUAAAUAAAUAACAUUUUGUAAAUGCCGCUCGCUGUUAAAUAGGCAAGAAAAACGCGCACACUGUUCCAUAUAAACUACUGCCCAUGUUAAGUGUGUGAGUGCGUGUGUGUGUAAAUGUAAGUGUAUGCAUGUGUGUGUUUGCGUGUCAAAUGUGUUAAAACCUAAUUUAAGAUGGCCACGUUUGUAAGUAACACUUAGCUAAUUAUUAUGUUAAAGUACGGAACAAAAAUACCUAUAAAUAAAGCAAAAAUAAUGAACCAUUUAAAUAUACAUAAAUACAUAUACGCCAGGUACAUGCUAUACGUUUAAGUAGCUUUUGUAUAUUUGCUUAGCUUAGCCCAAACAACAACUACAAAAAUAUAAAUGAAAAGAGAAAACAAUACUUAAACCAAAGGCCAUUUAAGAGUUCGGCAUUACGAAGCAUUAAAUACUUUUAUAAAGAUUCGUUAUAGCUCGUGCGUAAAAGGAAAAAACCACAUAGAAUAUGAGUAAUAAUAAAAAAAACAAACCCUAUUCUUUGUUUUUAUAUAAAGCAUAUAUACAAAAGUAAUAAUAAUAGCUAUGAUAAUACUGAUUGAUACCUAAUAUAACCCACAAGUACCUAUUAUAACAACUUUUUAUUACAUACUACUAACUACUUGAUACGAGCUACGAGCCACAGAACUGAGCAGAAGCAGCAGCGUCUUGUAAAUAAACAUUUAAAUGAGAAUAAUGAAAAACAAAAAAAAAAUUGAAAUUAAAUUUAUACUUGACUAGUUGAAAUUUACCCAAUAA